CGUCCACACAUCCUCACUUUGCAUCUACAAUCACCGACUAUCUGCAGCCAGCACUCCGCCACCAACUCCGCUAUCACUAUCACUGUAGAUACAAUGGCUCCCGUUCCUGUUGAGUCUGCGCCGGCCAUUGAGCCUGAUGCGAGCCGCGAAAGCUCUGGCGAAAUUGAUGAACAUCGUAGCUCCUCAUCAACACGGUCGAAAGGCCCAAAUACUGAUGCAGAUUCUUCACCCUUGCCUGACGAGGACGUCCCGCCGCUGCCAAGUGAGGAAGCCCCUGCGCUGGAAGACGGAGAAGCCCCCCCAUUACCAGACGAGCAACUGCCUGAAGACGAUGGCUGGGAGCCUGUCUGGGAUCAAUCCGCCAGUGCCUUCUACUUCUACAACCGCCUUACCCACGCCACACAAUGGGAGAACCCGCGGGUGCCAACAGGACCAGAUGCCUCUGCUGGUGGGCUCGGAGCGUACGAUCGGAUAGGAUCAACUGGCGCUCCCGGCACGACAAGCGGCGCACCAGGCACCACCAGCAGCAGCUAUGGUGCACCUGGCACUUCCUCCCCGCCUCGACGCGUCCAUGGUGGCUACAACCCAGCAAUACAUGGUGACUAUGACCCCAAUGCCGACUAUGCGCUUGAGGCUGCGGCGGAAGAACAGGCUGCGGAGGAUGCUGCAGCCAGGGCCGCUGGUUUGGAUCCUACUUCUCAAUAUGCUGCAACGGGAUACUUCAACCGCUUCACCGGUCGCUGGCAGGCGGCCGCGUUGAAUCCGGAGAAGUUCAACGAUGAGAAUAAGAGCAAGCGGCAGAUGAGCGCCUUCUUUGAUGUCGAUGCUGCUGCGAACAACCACGACGGACGUAGUCUCAAAGCAGAACGGCAGGGGAAGAAACUCACCAAGCAGGAAGUCAAGGCGUUCCGAGACAAGCGAAGGGAGAAGAAAGAGGAGAAGAGGAGAGCAUGGCUGAGGGACUGAACAGGAAUAAUAUGACGGGAGAGAACAACUUGCUAUCACAGCCGUGUGGGUCCAGCUUCUUCAGAAACAGUCUCUUGAUGGUAAGCAUGCAAAACCACAUGCACUGCAGGGAUCUGCCUGGGCGAACAGAACCUGGGCUGACUUCUUCGGCUUUUCUGGUCAUGUUUGUAUUAUUACAUCAAAACAUGGGAAAUUUCUUACAAUCAUCUCAAUACGACGAUCGCUCCAGGGCGCAGAGGCCAGGAUGCAGUUUCACUUCACAAUUCAUCGCCCCUGUUUCAUCAGUCUAUGUGACCCUUUUCAAGAUUGAAUCUCACUCGCCCCGGAAAAAACAAAUCUACAAGGACCGGCAGAAACACUGCCGAAGCGGCAUUGUGAGCCUGGGAACGAUCGGCAAACUCAAGAAAUCUCCGGGAUCCAUGUCAUUAUGUUCCUACCCUACCAACUCGCAUGCCACCAAAGGUCACAGACAACGUCCCCUCACUUAGAUUGCUC